AUACAACCCUGGAAAAAAGUGCUGCCAAGUUUUUAGCAAUCGACGGUGGCCAUCUUCCUUUCUAAAGAAUCGCGUUCGCACAGCAGACGUGUUUAAAACCUUUUUGAGUGUUUUAAAAGCUCCGCCAAUAUGUCGACUGGUACAACAGCCACAAUCCGCACCCGCAAGUUCAUGACGAACCGUCUGCUUGCCCGGAAACAAAUGGUCUGCGAUGUGCUCCAUCCCGGUCUCUCGUCGGUCAACAAGACUGAGAUUCGCGAGAAGCUCGCCGCCAUGUACAAGGUGACCCCCGAUGUUGUGUUCGCCUUCGGUUUCCGCACCAACUUUGGCGGUGGUCGCUCCACGGGCUUUGCCCUCAUCUAUGACACUCUUGACUUUGCCAAGAAGUUCGAGCCCAAAUACCGUUUGGCACGUCAUGGUCUCUUCGAGCAGAAGAAGCAGACACGCAAGCAGCGCAAGGAACGUCGCAACAGAAUGAAGAAGGUCCGUGGUACCGCCAAGGCCAAGAUCGGUACCGGCAAGAAGUAAAUGCCCACUACACUGGAAAAAAAACCCUGAUUGUGUGUGUGUGUUACCGGUGGCGCACACCGACAAUUCCAAAAGCUGCUGGUUAUGCGUUAGAUUCACUUUUUUAAGUUAAAUGACAACACAAAUCAGUUGUUUACUUUUGGAGCGGCUUUUGUUUUAUAUGCUUAAGAAAAUAAAACUCUAAAAGUAAAUAAA